UGUCAGCUUCACUCACACAAUUUCACAAAAAAUUGUGCAUAUAUAUUCACCAGUAUUUCUCCUAAAAUCAAAACAUGGAGUAGCCAUUUGGCAUCUCAUUGCACUGUACGAUACACAACUGACAUGUAAAAAACAGCCUGUGAUAACGAAAUUCAAUGUACAAAUAUGUGUAGAACAAGUACUCUCUGUUUUUUGGUUAUAUGCCAAGUGCUGUCGGUAGUGAAGUGUCUUGAAUUCUCGGGUAGUGAUGCUGAUGUACUCUACAAAAUAAAUUGGCCUGGGAAAAUUAGCACUGAUUUAUUGGCAAACGAGAAUUCCGAGCUGUAUCCCAUAACGACAGCUAACAACGAGAAAUACACGUGUAUUAUUCCAGCUGCCAGGAAACAUGAGGAUAACAGCAAUGAGCCUUACACUGGGCCCAAUCCAAUUGAAUUAUUGGCACCACUUUUCAAUCAGAACACAUGCUCCUUCAAGUUAGAAACUUAUUGGACGUACGAGGUGUGUCAUGGGAGACACGUUAGACAGUAUCAUGAGGAGAGAGAAGGUAAAAAGGUGAAGGUCCAGGAGUUCUACCUCGGGAGAUUCCCUAAGGGACAGAAGGAGAAGCUCUCGUUGGAGUACGACGAGUUGGCGAAGAAUCCUGAUAAGAAGUCACUCAUUCCCACGAAGAAGUUCGAUGGCAUUCAGAUGCCAUACGUGGAGAUCGAGAUGACUGAUGGCACCAUCUGCGACCUCAGCAACAAACCCAGGACUAUUAAAUUGCUGUAUAUGUGCCAUCAGCAUGGUAAGCACGAGAUCCUGUCCCUGGAGGAGACAUCCAGCUGUGAGUACGAGGCUAUUGUCCUGUCUCCCUUCAUCUGCAGCCAUCCGGAUUAUGGUCCCAGGGGUGGGGGUGAGGAUGAGAUCAAUUGUGUGCCCCAGGAUAAAGCGGGAAAGGUCCCCAGGGCACUGGAUGCCCUUGAAGCUGAGAGCUACAAGCUCAGGCAUCAGAAAGUCAUGGAUGAAAAGCCACAGAAACUGUUUGCGAUCUUCCGUGUAGAUAAGGACGGCCAGGAUGGAGAAUCUAGGGUGAGAGUUGAAAUCCACCCAGCAGACAGUUUGGAGAAGAACGGAGAGGAUCUUCUGGGGUCCCUGACAGACAUGAAUCUCGGGCAAGUACCAGGAGAUGUCAAUCCUGUUCAGAGUUUUGUGAGUGGAAAACGCUGCUUGCAAGGCGGAAAUGGCUGGUGGAAGUACGAAUUUUGUUAUGGAAAAUCAGUGAUACAGUACCACGUGGACAGAGAUGGAUCGAGAACAAUGGUGGACCUGGGGAAAUUCGACAAGCAGAAGCACCUAGACUGGAUAGAGGCACAUCCUCAAAAGAGGCCAAAACCAAUGGGCCAGAGGAAACAGCUCUCCCAUUUCUACAGUGACGGCAGUGUCUGCGAUAAGACUGGAAAAUUACGUCAGACUGAGGUGAGACUCAAAUGUGUUGAGGGCACAUCGGGAAGUCCAUCCAGUGUUUCCCUGUUUCUCCUCGAGCCCAAGACAUGCGAGUAUAUCCUGGGGGUGGAAUCCCCUCUGAUUUGUAAGAUUAUUGAUUAUGCAGAUAACAAUGGCCUCAUCCCAGAUGCAGCCAUGACGAAUUUCGACGAGAUUAAGUCAACGUCAGGGGAAACUCUCCAGAAGCCCGAGAAGAUUAUUCACGACGAACAUUGAAUGUCUGAUGCCACAAAUCAAUCGCAAAGUUAUUCCGUAGCGGUGUCAAAUAAUCUUUUCUAUUGAAUUCCAUAGAGAAGUUUCAAACCAAAAUAGUAGUUUUUUUUCAAUUAAUUUCUAAUUCAAUGCAAUUUUGAAUCUAUGAUCUACGUUAAGUACUCUGUAUUUUUCUUGUUAACUGGAUUGAAUUAAAUGACUGCCUCAAAAAUA